AUGGUGACGACUAAAAUCCAACAAUUAGAAGUAACGCUUAUGACAAAAGCAGACGCUUAUAGUGAUGCAAUAACUAAGAAUUUGGGUUUAAAUAUAACAUCAAUUAAAGCUGGGCAUAAAACUAAAACUCAGUCCCAGAUGAAAGCGAAGCCCGUCGUACAAAAUGAAUUACCAAGUACCUCGCUCGCAUAUUCAGUACCUGAUGCAGAUAGAACUAUGCAGAAGCCCCGCUUUAUAUCUACUCCUGCAGUUGGCGAUCCUGACUCUGAUAACCUUGACAAGGACAGAUGGGUGGAGGUGAGACGCAGACGAUCUCGUACUUAG